GUCAGUCAUGCCCCACCCAGCCCCCAGUGGGCGCUCCUUCAAACCCUCCAAAUCUCGAAAUAGCACCCCAUCCAGCCAUGUCGCCAGCUCGAAAUCCGGGCUGAACACCCCUAUUCGAACCUCGAACCGUGCUCCAGGCACCCUCCAACCUCGAUCGAGAAAUGCGGUGAAUACGAAUCUCAACAGCUAUAAGAGGACCGACCCAACUGGAGCUCUGAACGCGUUGGUGAAGCUCGUCAGUUCGCUAUCGACGAAAAUCGGAGGAUGUCAGUACAAGUUCACCGCGGCAGAACACUCCCUCUCUCUCCACCUCCUCUCGAUCGUCGAACCAUAUGUCUAUCAGGGCGCUCGCGCUCUCUCUAUGGCCACCAACUCCUCUGCAGCAGACCGCACAGUCAUCUCAGGUUUCGCCUUCCAGCCCACAGAAAUCCUCGACGCUAUCAUCUAUUUCGUGGAUUCGAAGAAGGAUUUGUUGAACAUCGGACUCUGCUGCAAACGCCUCCACGACAUCGUCUUCCCGCGACAUUUCGAUUAUCGCGUCGUCAAGUGCAAGGUCUCGUCAAUCAGCGUGUGGAACCACCUCUCGAUCCACAGGUCGUUGGCCAGGAACGUACGAAGGCUGGAAAUAAUCGACGAGAGAGCGAAGGUCUCCCUUCCCCGACUCGUCAAUCCCGACUCGAGUUCGACCUUAUCCAGUAAGAACGCCGUCGUCCUCCCUCGUGGUAUCAACCUUCGCGACACCGACCUGGACUCGACCGACGACGAGGUCAGGCAUCGAGGUAUCCAUGGGAAGCAGGAGAAGUACCUUUUGGCGGCAUUACAGAGGAUGACGGGGUUGAAGGAAUUCAAGUGGGGCUGCAAUCAUUCCCCGAUUUCGAUGACUAGGAUCUGGGAAACCCUGAUGGAAAGGACUGGGUGCACGUUGGAGAGGAUGGAGGUCUGCAACAACCUCGUCUUCACCGCGUCUGGCACGAACGAGGAAACGUCGGACGACAGCUCGGAAGAGGAAGCUGGACAUGGGAAGAGGGUGGUUCGAGCCAACUUGACCGCUCUUAAGACUGCCACCUUCACCUCGGCUCGACACACAUACGGUGCUGGGAAGCUACCACACCUCACGCGAAUUGCCGGAGUGCUCGAAAGGUGUCCCAACCUAGAGUCUCUCACUAUCGACUACACACGUCCUGCUGGUCCCACCCCCAGUGGUUUCCUGUUCCACCCUAAGGUCGACCAUCUCUUCAACAUCGGAGGGGAGAAUACGCACUGGAACCACCUGACAAAUCUUCGACUCGGCGGUAUCUGGUCGACAAACCAGACAGCCAUUUCGCAAUUCCUCUCAUCGCACCCAACCAUCGAAGCCCUCAAUCUCAUCGACCUUCGUGGGCUCACUCGCAUUGACCUCCCAAUUAACUCGCUUCCCAGGCUGCGGGAGGUCGAAGCAUCGCGGGAGGUCAUCAACUGCAUCCUCGACUCCCCAUGUUUCGCCUCGUCGACGGACUUGCAUCUCGAUGGGUUCGGAGAAGAAGUCCUGAGACCACUCGAAGUCGUCAAAGGUUUCAACCUCUCCGGAUCGCACCACGUCCCCUCAUCCAAUCGGAGCCCAGACCAGCUCUUCCUCUCAAACCUCAAACGCCAUUCCAGUACCAUCAAACGCGUCGAGUUGGGAGGAUGGCACGACAUGGAUGAUCUCCGCAAGUUGGCGAAGAGCGUCCCCGGGAUCACCUACCUCGAUCUUGGGAAGCGGUUGGGCGUGGGCAAUGCCCAGCGCGCCGGUGCUGUUGCCCCCGUGACGAAUAUGGAGGAAUGGUUGGAGGUGUUGGUGGAUUUGCCCGAGUUGAGGGCGCUGCAUGGGGUCAAGUUCUUCUACGAGGUGUCGGCGCUGAAUGGAGCAUCCGGUCCCGUCCUCGCUGCGGGAACGACGUCCGUCUCACCCAUCUCCGCUCCAACAUCGUCCUCGUUGGCAUCACACUCGCAUUCGUACGACAGUUCGAUUUCAACGACUGACCACCAACACCUUGCGUCAUCAUCGAAAUCACCAACCGCACACUCCCAAACCCAACUUACGCUCGCACAGAUGUCACUCAUGGAUCGCUCGAGGAUGAAGAAGAAUGAUUGGAUGGCCAGCAUGUUGGUUUGGCGGUGUCCGAAGUUGAGACGCGUCGAUCAUUGGGAGACGAGUGAUGGGUCGGGGUCUGGGAAGAUUAUCAUACUUACAAGGACGAGAGCGAGUGCCAACGGAAGUGGAGGAGUGCCUCUGGACGUGGCGGGUGUGACUGAGGGAGAGACGAUGAUCAAGGAAGGUGCCAUGGUCAAGUGGGAAGUUCGGAGGGUUAGGGCGUUGUAGAGGGGUAUCAAAUGAAGACCUAUGAACUGGAAUGUACAAGAGCAAAGGAACCAAAUAGGAUCUGUCUCCAGGCA